GAACUCCGGAAAAGAUUUUUGUUGACCAUUAUUUACACAAAAACUGAACGUCCAUGACGUGAAGUUUAUACCUGCAAAAAUAUUUAUUAAACUCUUUAUGGACUUUUACUAAUUUUAAAUAUACUGUAUGAUAUGUUUAAAUAGUUUCUUACUAUUGUUUUAUAAUUUCUGGGUAAAUAAACAAACUCCGGGUAACGCUAUAGUCGACCAUCUAGAAGCGGCGUCUGUUUGUGGCUCACACAUGUAAAGCUAGCCUACUAGCUGGUAACAGUCGGGCCGCUUCUGAAACCUCAUGUGGCAAAAGUGAACUAAAUUAAUUCAGUUUAAUUUUUUCAGGUUGGUCUCUAGUGUUCUGCGCUUUGUCUGCAGAGUUGGGGGCUCCCCCCCCCCUCGUUUACCUCCAUAACCUACAUGAACGAUCAUUAUAAAUCAUGAAGGUGAGCAAACCCACGCAGGUAAAAGGCCAGGCGAAAUCUCAGAAGUGGAAGGAUGUGAGAGGCAAACGCAGCAGGCCUCCCAUCACUUCCUCGGACCUCAACUCCAGUCCUGUCAUGGCCAAGGUGAUCCAGGAGCACCAGGCGGCCGCGGUGAAGAAGAAGAAGAAGAAGCCCUCCGUCAAGAGGUUGAGGAAGAAGGCAAAGGCCGUCUCGGAGUCCAAGAAGAAAAACAACACUCCUCAGCCUGGGUUGAAGAAGUCUCACGCUCAGGCUAACGGAAGCUCGGUGUCACCCGUGGAAAAGGAGUCGGAUGACUUACGGGAGUGGAAGGAGUAUUCCCAGUCCUUUAAUAGGAACGGUGUGGAGAGCUCAGGCGACGCCGAAGAUGUAAGGCCGGGUAGGCUGGAGGGAGAGGCCCUUCAUUACUGUGCAGAGAGAGACGAUCGACAGAACCACACUGUCCUCGUCAUGCAGGAGAAUCAGACGCUGUGUUUCCGUGGAAAGUGCUUGUUGACCAGUCUGUACGGUCGGGUGGAGGUGAUGGGGUUCACCAUUGAAGAAGGCCAGCAGUCCUAUCCACUUUUCUCCCCAGCCUCACACUGUCCGCUGACUAUUAGAGCUCUGGAAAGCUCUCAUCGCGCCAGAAAUGACAGAACUGACGCUUCAGUCAUCCUAAGAAAGUAUCUGUCAUCAGCAUCACAGAAGAAGUUGAUGAAGCGAGUAAAGUCAAGCUCCUCCAUCAUUCUCCUGGAGCCCAUGGAGACACCUCUCACUCGCUUUCUGUCGAGCUUCACUGACCAUAGCGAAUUGUUCAGCCCUACAAUGAGUGAACUCGUGUCAGCUGUUCUGGACACUCCGCUCAAUGGUUUGGGCAUGAUUCCCCUGGUCAGCAACGUUGAAGGCCUGAAAAUGUCAGAGAGCUACAGGGAGGCUCUCAAUACAGUGGUCAACGCCUGCAAUGGGGACUUUGAUGGUUGUGCUGUUAUCCUCGUAUGUGGCACCAAAAAUGUGGGCAAAUCCACAUUCAUCCGCUUCCUCAUCAACACCUUACUAAAUCACACCACCAGUGUAGAUUAUUUGGAAGGAGACAUCGGUCAAACAGAGUUCACUCCUGCUGGCUGUCUGUCCAUGUCGACUGUCAGAGAACCACUUCUGGGUCCUCCUUUCACACAUCAGCGCACACCAGAGCAGAUGAUCUACUUCGGUCAGUCUUCAUGCGAGUCGGACCUAGACCGCUACCUGGAGUCCCUGAAGUCCCUGUGGCGAAGACGCCCCCUAAGCAGAGAGACUCCCAUUAUUAUCAACACCAUGGGCUGGGUCAAAGGAUUUGGGUUUCAGCUGCUGGUGGACAUGAUCCGCUUCUUCCCAGUCUCACACCUGGUCCAACUCAGCCAUGGGGGAACCACCCAGUGUCCCGUCCUCACUCCGGACUUUCUAAGGAUGGCACACGGCUACCAGACGCACCCACCUGCUCAGACCGCUCUGGACGAGUUUACAGAGAGCCACAGUCCCCCCAGGAGCUACACCCACCUUAACGUACAAUCAGACUUUCAAGGAGUGGGUCGCCAAGGAACAUCGAAACACCAGCGCACCAAUGAGCACAGAGAGCUUUCAUUGCUGUCCUACCUGAGCCAGCUGCAGUCUGCUGACCCUGGACCAGUUAGACCUCUACACAGCCUCACCCCGUACCAGGUGCCCCACACAGCGGUGGCUUUAGGUGUGACCCAUUGUGAGAUCACGCCCAGUCACAUGUUUUAUGCUGCUAAUGCCAGUCUGGUUGGACUGUGCUGCCUAGGAGAGAAAAUCACAAGCAGAGGAGGGCCGGUCGUGCUAUCCCAAGCACCCAUCUGCCCAUGUGUAGGCUUUGGUGUGCUUCGAGGUAUUGACAUGGAGCGAGGUCUGUACUUGUUGCUGACGCCUGUUGAUCCCUCAAUCCUCCGUAAGGUCAACUGUCUCCUACUGGGGUCGCUGUCACUGCCUUCCUGCAUCAUCACAUCACAGCCUGGCUUUGAAGGAGAGAUGCCCUACAUCACAACAGAUUACAGUUUUGAUCUCACUGGUGCAGGAAAGCUGCGAGUCUUCAAGGGAAUGACAAGACAAAGUCAAAUAGGGAUGUGAUUACUUUUUCUACUCGGCACCAGUUUGUUACCCUUCACCCUUCUAUACUGGCCUCUCAUGCACAAACCAGUCAGAGUUGGCCAUUUAACAUUCAGAACUGAGUUUGAUUUCAAGGAUCAGUCUGACAGCAAAAGCAUCACAGACUCUGCAGGAGGCUGACUUUCUGUUCCUGGACUAACUCGACAUGUCUUACAACCUCCGUUUCAUCUCAUGGCCUCGUGACAUUUUUUUGAAUUUCACCGUUUUCCGUCUCAUUGACAAUAAUAUCACACUUUGUAGUUAAAGCUCUUGUUUCAUGCCUCUUCUUUAGGAAGCAUUCCAAAGCUGCAAAAAAUACAAAAAAAUAAAAAGCCACCAGAAAUGAAAAGAGAA